AUGAAUGAAGUACACAAAAGAAAAGUUCAAAACUUUCUUCCGUGCAAAACACCAUCUAGAAAUGCAUUAGACCCAAGUGUAAUACCUGUAGGACAAUCGCUAACAUAUGAAGAUCCCGACAUGCAUCUGGGACAUCAUAGGCCACUUGUGAUGAGACAACAUCCGUUAAAUCCUGAGAUGUUGCAUUCAAAAGGAAUUCAUUAUCCAGGUGGAUAUCCAAUUCAACGUUCACCACCCUUAUUCAUUUGUUCAUCUCCUGGCCCUGAGCCUUAUCGUUCAAAUGAUAAUGUUUAUGAGGAGCUUGAACAUCGUGGCAAUAAUAGAUAUCAAAAUUGUGAUCGACAAAUGCAUUCCGAUGAGGACUUUGCUGAGGAUGAAUUGAGUCUUCCAGGUGAUCGUUCUUUAAAUAAAUCAUCUUCCGAAAACACAACUGUUGCAACAAUUUAUCAAGAACAUGGUGCUGGAUCAACAAGUAGUAAUAAUGGAAAUGAAAAUUCUGCAAUGUAUAUGGAACGAAGCCGGGUAGAGAGAAACUCAUUAUUAUCAUCAGCUUCCUCUAAUGAUAAUAGUAAUAAUAACCUUAGUAAUGUGAUGAGACCAAAUAUGAAAAAUUCUAGUUUAACUAAUGAGUCAAAUAGUCGUCGUAUACAUCAUCAACAUAAUUUGUAUCAUAACACAUUAAAUAGUCAAAACAAUGAUAAAAAUGGAAAUAACAGUGUGAAUAAUAAUAAUAAUAAUAGUAGUAGUAGUAGUGCUAUGUCCAAUUUCUUCCGAUUUCGAACAUCACGACCGAACAACGGCUGCAGUAGUAGUAGCAAAUCAAAAAAUAAUAAUCAUCAUAAUCGUGGUGGUGGAGGAAAAACAAAUAAUUUUAGUAUGAAUAAUUUAAAUUCAUCAGGAUGUGAUGAGAUCCCAUUAUCAUCAUAUCAUGUAGGCGGUUCAUCAUCGUCAGCAGCAAGCAAUAGUGAUCCAAUUAGUUGUAGUUCAAAUGCAAAUCAUAUCGAUGGCGAUACAAAUAAUAAUAGUAAUAAUGGUGGAAAUAGUGGUAGAAAUAAUUAUUAUGGCAUCGACAGUGAGGUCGAAAGACGAAACCGCAUAAAUGCACAGCUUUCAGCGGCUACUCCAACACUUAAUGUGGCAACAAUUUUCAGAGAUCGAAAUAGUAUGCGAAAUUAUCACCAUAAUCAUCAGAAUAUUAAUAAUAAUAAUAAUAACAGCAAUACCACAGAAACAAGAGCAAAUGCCAAUUAUUAUGUGCCACAACAACAUAUCAUGAUGAUGGCUGCAAAUAGAAAUGAUGCCAAUAAUCGAUUAUCGACAACAAAUCCACGAACUGACCGUAGACGUAAUAAUAACAAUAAUUCUAGUAAUAAUAAUAAUAAUUUAAAUAAUAAUGACGAGUACCUUUAUCAUGAGCCAGUGUAUCAUGAAAAUGUGGUAUAUGAUCCAUACAUAAUAUCAUCUGAUAAUAGGAAUCAAAUAUAUCAUCAACCAUAUAUGCUACCAGAAUUUACGACAUUUAGAAAUUUAAACAAUCUUAAUAAUCCCCAACAACCACUUUAUAAUUCAUCUACAACUGGUGCCAUGAACUCCGAUUCAGGCUACUCUCAGAAUACGCAAAACUCUGGCCAUAGUCUCUGGAAUCGAAGAAAACGAAGUGGAGGCACCAAAAAUAGUAAUGAGAAUGAGAAUGGCGAAAAUAUAACACCAACAGCUAGAGGAGAAACAACAGCAACAGAUGAUACUUAUGAAUGCUCUUGA